CAGGAGGAGGCAUUUCGUUGACAGUGAGAGCUGGGCUGAAGCUGUGACUCUAUGGGCAGGCAGCACUCCUCCACCCCUCCAACCCAGAUCAGCAGAGCCUGAGGCAAGCUGAGUGGCCAGCUCAACGCUCAACCCGGCACGGACGGAAAGCGUGCUCGGGGGUGGCCUAACUUGGAUUCGAAAUCGGGAGCCUUCGCUCUGGAAUCUGGUGCUGAUGCCACUGUGCCACCAGCUGGCAACACAGAGACUCGAGCAGGGGCAACCUGACACAAGGCACAGGCAGACCGAGCGUCAGAGUUGGAAGUGCAAUGGCGGAGACUUCAAGUAAAACUGGAGGGGCUGGACUGUUUGCCAAGAAUGUGCAGAAGAGGUUCAUGAGAGCCCAAGAAAUGGUCCUCCAGAAAAUUGGCAAAACCGUGGAAACAAAAGAUGAACAAUUUGAGCAGUGCGCAAACAGCUUCAACAAACAACAGGCUGAUGGCAAUAGGCUCCACAAAGACCUGAGGGCGUACCUGAAUGCUGUGAAAGGGCUGCAUGAGACUUCCAAGAAACUGUCACUGACACUGCAGGAUGUGUAUGAGCCUGACUGGGAUGGUAAGGAGGAUCUACAGCCCAUUAUAGAGAACAACGACCUACUGUGGGCAGACUACGAAGAGAAGCUAUCUGACCAGGCCAUGCGGACACUGGAGACAUACCUGAGCCAGUUCCCAGUGUUUAAGAAGCGCAUCGCUAAACGUGGCCGCAAGCUGGUGGACUAUGACAUCUGCCGCCAUCACCUGGAAUCGCUGCAGAACGCCAAGAAGAAAGAUGAAGCAAAGAUCAGCAAGGCCGAAGACGAAUUUAUUAACGCCCAGAAUGAGUUUGAAGAAUUAAAUGCUCAGCUUCGCGAGGAGCUGCCUGAACUGUGGAACAGCCGCGUUGGAUGCUAUGUGACCAUAUUUCAGAACAUGUCCAACUUGCGGGAUAUUUUCUAUCAGGAGAUGAGCAAGCUGAACCAGGAUCUGUACUCGGUGAUGACAAAGCUGGAAAAACAGCACAGUAACAAAGUGUUCAUUGUCAAGGGCGUCGUCAGCAACCGUCGUUCGCUGAUCAUCUCCUCACCAGUCAAUCCUGCAAGUCGACUUUUAACGUCUUCAGAGAGCAACUUUGAUCACUCAUUGGUGGGCACUGGUGUCUCGAAAGAUGAAACCCCUCCUCCUUCAGCACCAUCCCCCACUGAAGUGUCUCCUUCACCGACAGAAAAACCUAAGGACGGAAUCCUCGAAGACUUUCAAUCACCUGUCAAAGCUCCAACACUUCCUCCUUGCUCAGAAGAAUCAGCGAAUGAUGAAACAACUGCUUCUCCUGAAGAUACUUCAUCCUCAGUAAGUGUUCAGCAACCCGAGAUGUUAAGCUCUUCCGAAGAUUCGAGGCCGGAGACGUCUGGUAAAUCAGUGGAUGACUCCCACUCCGAAAUGCAGAGAGCUGAGCUCGGCCCUGAAGGGUCUACAGAAACUGAGGUGUCCAGGGAUGUUCCAUCCGAGUCAUCUACUGACAAUCAUUGCAGUGCCUCACCUUCUCUCCAGACGUCAUCCACCACUCCUGUAGCGGCCGAUGAGGAAGCCACCCCAGCCUCUGAGGGCACAGCUCCAUCGCUUCCUACUCCGGCGUCACCUGCUGGUGAAUCGUUGGACUCUACGCAUUCUGAAGCCUCACAAAUUGAGCUUGAAAGUCCACAGCCUGCUGAAGGUUUAGCUUCAUCUGAAGAUCAACAAACUCAAGAGGUGACCGUGGGAUCAUGCCCUCAGGAGCUUGAAACCCUGGCGCCCGAAGCUAAAGGACCAGGUUCCCCUGAAACCUCAGCUUCUGAUGAGGGAAUUUCUCCGGCCAGCCCUGCAUCUUCUACGGCCUCAGCACCCGAAGACAUGGUCCAGGCUUCUUCUGAAGCCUUAACUUCUCCUGAGUCUUGUACAGCCAGUGAGGUAGUCUUUCCAAUGAGCCCUGCAGCAACUGAAGAGCCACAAGCGAAGGCAGAAGGUUCUUCUGAUGACGAACCUUCUGAUGCCCUCACUCCCCUGCAAGCCCUGGAGGAUGUUCCACAGACUAAUGAACCAGCCAUUGCUGCUUCUUCACUGCCCCAGCCUCUGCCCCGGAGCAAGGCUCCCAUGGCCACUGGUAAGGACGUGGUGGAAGACAGCGAGAAGGAGGCCAACGAGGAUAACGAUCUCGCCCUGCCUUCCUCAGACAGUGAGGGGUCACCGUCAGAUGGGAGCAGAGACCCUGAGAGUUCACCCUGCGGAGAGCUGCCAACUGGAUUCACGUACAAGAAGUCACAUUCUGUGGAGAUCUCCUUGAACAAUCAGAUCUGUGCCCUUCACACAGGUGAGAGUCAGACGCAGUCUGAUGGAAGAGGCACACUUACAAUGUGAAGAAGGAAAUAUCCUGCUCGUGCUCCCUUCCCAAGAUGCUGAGCUACAGUCUAGAGGCUUGCUGCUGGCUGUCAAGGAAGCUGACUGGAAUGAGUCGAAGGAUGUGGAGAGUUUGCAAGGUACCUUCCCAGAGGAGCUGACGGAACGUGUGGGCUGAGGGGCUUUGCCAGAGGGAGCCCUGUGCCUGCAACGGUGGGGAAUGGCCAGAGCUGCCUUUGGUCACUGGCCGGUUUGCACAUGCUGAGCCUUAGCACUGCCACGUCCCUCAGCUUCUGCAGCAGGUAGUUCACCUGUUCAGUCUGCCCUGCAAUAAAA